AUGUCAGAAUCAGAUGCCAUGAAUGUCAGCAGUCUUCCUCAAGGCUUAACACACUCAGGUUCUCCCAUCUGUAUGGAAACCAACAGUACCACUUCUGACUUGCCUCAGGAUGAAAUAAAGAGUAUAAAAAUGAAAAAUGAGUGUAACUCCGUACUUUCUGGAGAUGCUUAUAGCACCGUAGACAAUUUGUUAGAUGAUAACAACAUUGGAAAUUACUCACAGAAUGCACUAUUUCAGUCAGUUGAUAGCACCAACUUUUCCUCUUUGAGACAAUUUGAACCCAUUUGCAAAUUUCACUGGAUAGAAGCGUUUAAUGAUGAAAUAACAGAGAAGCCAGAAUUGCAAAACCGUGUGUCUAAUUAUGCAGAAGACAUCAAUAUAAAGCAAGAUUUAUUUAAGGAAGAAAAUCCAAUGGAAACUAGUAUUUCUACAAAUAAAGUCCAACCUGCUAAUAAAUGUGUUAUGCAACCUCUUAGAAACCCACCUGUAAUCCACUGCAGUGGAGAGACAGUGAAAUUCACAGAAAAGUCACUGGCUAAAAGUACCACCAAGAAAUCUGCCCACAGCCUUAAUCAACCUCAUAACUUCUUGUAUAAGGAAAGUAUGCACAAUACUACUUCAGUUUCUUCAAAAGAAAUACAGAAUUCUGGAGAGAUCCCAGAGAUGCUGGUCAGUCACCAAAAGGAAGUUACAGUAGAGUGUGUGGAGAGGCCAGAAAUUGUCUCAACUUGGUCUCCAGCAGACAUCUCUAGUAGUGGAACAUCUAGGGAGAACUGCAAGACAGCUGACUUGGAGGAAAGCUUGGAAAGCUCACAGCCUCUGGAAGAGGACAUGGCUUUAAAUGAAGCCUUAUGGAAAUUAAAACAUACUAACCGAAAGCAGCAAGCACAAAUCCAAGACCUCCAGCAUAGUAACCUGUGUUUAGAGGAGAAAGUUAAAGAACUACAGAUGAAGACUACCGAACAGCAAGUAUUUACUGAUGUCAUAAAUAAGCUAAAGGAGAAUGUUGAAGAAUUAAUUGAAGACAAAUACAAAAUACUCCUAGAGAAUAAAAAUACUAAAAAGACAUUGCAGAAUUUACAAGAUAUUUUAGCUAACACCCAGAAACAUCUUCAGGAAUCUAGGAAUGAGAAGGAAACCUUACAGCUUGAAUUUAAGAAGAUCAAGGCCAAUUAUAUGUGUUUACGGAAAAGACACAAGACUGAAAUGCAACAAAAAAAUGAAUGUCUAAGUUACUGCUUAGAGAUGGAUCAAAUCUUAAGCAAGAAAGAAGAAGAGGUAGAGAGGUUGCAGCAAUUCAAAGGAGAAUUGGAGAAGACCACAGCUUCUGCUUUGGACUUGUUGAAAAGGGAAAAAGAGAUCCGAGAACAAGAGUUCUUGUCUUUACAGGAGGAAUUCCAGAAACAUAAAAAGGAAAAACUUGAAGAAAAUCAGAAAUGGAAAUCUAGGCUUGAGAAAUUGCAUGCUCAAGUUAAAAAUUUACAACUUAUAUCUGAAAAUGAACGGGCUAAGAAUACAAAGCUUCGGCAGCAGAUCAACAAAGUAAAAAAUGAAAAUGCAAAAUGUAAGCAGCAGGUUGCAAGAAGCAAGGAGCAAAAUGAUGUUUCUGAAUUUGAGACAGCUCAGUUAAAGGAGCAAUUAGAAGUUAUGGAGUCAGACAUUACCAAGGAUACAAAGACUAUACAUUCUAACCUGUUCCUGAAUUGCUCACCUUGUGAAGAAGAGAGUCUGAAUCCCCCAGAUGUGCAAAGGACUUCUGAGCUGGCCUCCAUAAUCCACGGUCUUCUGGCUCUGAUGACAGGACUUCUCACAUGCCAGGACAUCACCAAUCCUGAUGCUGAACAUUUCAAAGAGAGUGAGAAAAUUAGUGAUAUAAUGCUGCAAAAACUGAAGAACUUCCAUCUUAAAAAGAAAAAUUUAGAUAAAGAGCUACUGAAACAUAAAAACAGAAUCACUACCUUUAGAGAGUUAAUUGCUAAUGAAAAAGCAUUUCAGGAACACAUCAUUGAGGUCACAGACAUUGAUUCGGAUGAAGCAGAGAAUGUCAAAAAUGUACCUAUCUUAUUGGGAGCCAAGCUGGAUAAGUAUCACAGUCUGAAUGAGGAGCUUGAUUUCUUGACUAUAUCAUAUGAAGAAAUUAUUGAAUGUGCUGAUCAAAGGCUCAAAAUAUCCCACUCCCAGAUUGCACAUUUGGAAGAGAGAAAUAAAUAUUUGGAAGAUUUAAUUAGGAAGCCCAGAGAGAGAGCCAAAAAAUCAAUACUAAGAAACUUAGAAAAUCAAUCAAAGUCCAUGACUGUGUUGACUUAUUAA